AUGAUGUCCGUGAGCUCAGAACUGAUUCCAGUAGAGGUGUGUAAGGGCAUCAACGGCCUGGACAAGGUGGUUCUCCGCGAGGAUCGCGGCUGGUCUGCUGAAGUGUACCUUUUUGGGGCUCAUGUGACAUCUUGGAAGAAUAAACAUGGAGAGGAGGUUUUUUUUUCCAGUAGGAAGGCUACUUUUGAACCUCCAUUGAGAACUCACGGAGGCAUUCGAAUAUGUUUCCCCCAAUUUGAGAAGCAUGGGUCUCUUCAUCUGCAUGGAUUUGCCAGAAGAAGAUUUUGGAGACUUGACCCAAACCCUCCUCCUUUGCCAGAAACUUCCCAUACGAAGGCAUUUGUUGAUUUGAUACUUAAGCCUUCUGGACAGGAUUUAAAUAUCUGGCCUCACAGUUUUGAAUUUCGAUUGAGGGUAACCUUGGCACCUGGUGGAGAUUUGAUUUUAACAUCUCGCGUCAGAAACGUCAACACUGAUGGAAAACCAUUUUGUUUUUCAUUUGCUUAUCAUCUCUAUUUUCCAGCUAUCGGGUAUGUUGAAGUUCAGAUUGAAGGACUGGAGACGGAUUAUCUUGACGACUUGAAGAAUAAGGAGAGUCUUACUGGAGAUGAGGAAUCAGAAGAUGGUGAAUUAUACAUUUACAGUGGCGUACAUUCAGAGACUGCAGGGGAGGAUCAAUGGAAGAUUCAACACGUACUGACCAUGGAUGGAAUUCCAGGACCGGGGAGCCCCUGGCUUAAGAAGUCAAAGGGUUUGGUUGAUGUUGGGAAAGAUGAGACCGACCUGAAGUUGCGUGUGGAGACUGCUGCAGUCGAAAAUCCCAUAACACUGAACCCCGGUAUGGAGUGGAAAGGAAUUCUGGAACUCUAUCCUAUUCCAGCAGCCUAG